CACCUUGUAGGCACCGCCACUUUGCGCAUUUUACUGGGACGAGUAACCACCCUUCAUACCUGCUACGUGGUUCAGGAUUUAAGGCAGCAGUUCAUAAUCGGAGCCGACUUUCUAUCAGCCAACCGAGUAAACAUUGACUUCGACCGUGGAGUGCUCGCACUAGGUCAGAAUGCGGAACGCCCUCGUCGAAAAGAAGGUUCGCGAGGCAGGAGUGCGAGCUGUUUGACGUAACGGACGUACCGGGCGUGCUUCUGGAGUGUGACGAGGCCAAGUCCGACGAUGAGAUCGGUUCGGGCGGAGGAGCGUACGCGGGAGGAGCGGCAGCGAUCAGGUCUUGCUGUCAGGAAGCCUACGUGCCGGGCAUCUACGGAGACGCAUGCGCGCCGCGCGUCACUACUCCCGCGCUCAUCGACCACGACUACAUCUACAACGCAUGCUGCACUGACGUCGCUAAUGUCGUCGCCGUGCCGACGUCUCCCGGAGAGUUUAAGAUGCAGGCGGUGGUAGAGGGCGCCGCUUACGUCGGUGCGGUGGCGGAGAACGAAGUGUCGAGGGUUAAGGACGAUCGACCAGCGUCCGACAGCGACACAGAGACGGCCGAGGAAGCAGACGGGGGCCCCGUGGUAGGUUCGGACGUCGAAGAGGAAGCCAGGGAAGCUUCAGACGUCGAAGAGAAACUCGACUCUGACUCGGCGCUACUCGAGGAGUUGCUUCGCGAGCAGGAGAGCGAGCCGACGACGGAGAAGUGGCAGCAGCGGCACCCGAGGAGUGCAUCCAGUAAGGUGCAGAGCUUCAUACAGCGCAACCACGCGGUGUCCGACGACGCUGGCAGCAGCGACGACGAGUGGAUGCCGUCAGGUGACAAUUCACACGGCGCGGCCCCGAAGCGUGGUGGCCGCCCGCCGGGCAACGACCCGGACGCCGCGGCCCCGAAGCGUCGCGGCCCGCGGCCACGACGUCUCUCACACGAGAACUCGCUGGUCGCCGCGUGCCCCCGCUGCCGCGCGAUCCUACUGCGCACCGACCUUCAAAACCACGAGCGCGAGUGCGGCCAUGACGGCAGCAGCGGCGGCGCCGCCUACAUCUGUGAGUACUGCGCGAAGACGUUCUCGGUGCGCAGCCAUCUUUCUACGCACAUCCGCAACCAGCACAGGAAGCGGGCGUGCGUCUGCGAGCAGUGCGGUGUCGUCUCUGCCUCCACCAUGGCGCUGUACGCGCACAAGAUGUCGUGGCACGGUGAGCGGCGGAUCGCGUGCUCCGCGUGCGACCGCCGCUUCUUAUCACCCUUCGCGCUGCGUAAGCACGCACGGCGCCACGACGCGCACCGCCCCCGCACGUUCUCGUGCUCUUACGCUGGCUGCCGGCGCGCGUUCUACGAGGCGAAGCACCUCGAGGUGCACAUGCUGCGGCACACCGAUGAGAAGCCGCUGCAGUGCCGGCACUGCGACUUCGUCUGCCGCCAGCGAAACUCCAUCAACUACCACGUGAGCAAGUACCAUCCCGACAAGGCGCCGCACAAGUAGGGGGCGCUGUGAUCCCUGCGAGGUCACCGGGGGGAGGGGGUAUUGCCACUAGGGGGCGUCACCGAGUGUCUGGGGUUUUGGCUGCUGCGUCUGUCUUCUUGUGCAUGUACUACUUUUAUACUUGUAUCUUGUAAUGUACACCAAGAUGUGUGAUGUGUUUGCAAGGUUUUUAUUUACGAAUUUUGUAAUUUUACCUUUGGUUGUAUGUUAGUAGUUCUGUUGGUUGCAAUGUAUAUACGUACAUAUAUAUAUAUAUAUAUACUAUAUAUAAAGUGUUGUGAGUAUACAUAGUCAUAUAUA